AUGGCGGCCAACGUGGGCGCGGGCAGGAGUGCUGGCGGCGGCGGAGCCGGCACUGGCACUGGCACUGCUGCUGGCAGCGGCGGCGUGUCGACGGCCGUGUGCCGCCCUAGCGGCUCGCGGUGGACGCCGACGCCGGAGCAGAUCAGGAUCCUCAAGGAGCUCUACUACGGCUGCGGCAUCCGGUCGCCCAACUCGGAGCAGAUCCAGCGCAUCACCGCCAUGCUGCGGCAGCACGGCAAGAUCGAGGGCAAGAACGUCUUCUACUGGUUCCAGAACCACAAGGCCCGCGAGCGCCAGAAGCGCCGCCUCACCAACCUCGACGUCAACGUGCCCGUCGCCGCCGACGACAGCGCCCACCGCCUUGGCGUCCUCUCGUUGUCGCCUUCUUCAGGUUGUUCAGGCGCGGCGCCUCCGUCGCCCACCCUCGGCUUCUACGCCGGCGGCAAUGGCUCCGCUGUGAUGCUGGACACGAGUUCCGAUUGGGGCAGCGCUGCUGCCAUGGCCACUGAGGCAUGCUUCAUGCAGGACUACAUGGGCGUGAUGGGCGGCGCGUCACCGUGGGCAUGCUCCUCCUCGUCGUCGGAGGACCCGAUGGCGGCGCUGGCGCUGGCGCCGAAGGUGACCCGGGCGCCCGAGACGCUCCCUCUCUUCCCGACCGGCGGCGGCGGAGACGAUAGGCAGCCCCCGCGGCCGCGGCAGUCUGUCCCAGCAGGCGAGGCCAUCCGCGGCGGCAGCAGCAGCAGCAGCUACCUUCCGUUCUGGGGUGCCGCGCCCACCCCAACUGGCAGUGCCACUUCCGUUGCGAUCCAGCAGCAACACCAGCUGAUGCAGAUGCAAGAGCAGUACAGCUUUUACAGCAACGCCCAGCUGCUGCCCGGCACCGGCAGCCAGGAUGCAGCAGCAACAUCCCUGGAGCUGAGCCUCAGCUCCUGGUGCUCCCCUUACCCUGCAGGGACCAUGUGAGAGCAGCGCGACGCAAGCUGCCACUGCUCUGAAUUCUCGUCAUGGAACUAUGGAAGGAGUAGUGGCUAGUGACCAACUGACCAUAGUGUUGCUGUCAUUGUCCUAGCUAGGUUCAAUAGCUACCAGUUACUACUACGUACUCUAGAAGCAUGUGUGAGUGAAGGCAAUAGUGUUUGGAGAUCUCUAGUACUAUUAGAUAGCGAAUUUGCAGGCAGCUGCACAGGCAUUAACAUGCAUGCAUGUUGCCGGCUGGGCUUUUAGACUCUA